AGCUAGCUACAUCACAUACAUACGGAGCUAGCUACACUUUGCUAGUAGACACAGAAAUACCAUCCUCCGAAAUGGAGGCACCCAAGCUAGCAAUUUUGCUGGCCCUAGCCAUGGCAGCCGCCAUGGUUAAUCCUUCCCAGGCGCAGAACUCGGCCCAAGACUACCUUUCACCCCACAACUCUGUCCGCGCCGCCGUCGGUGUGGGCGCGGUGAGCUGGAGCACAAGGCUACAGUCGUACGCCCAGAGCUACGCCAAUCAGAGGAUCGGCGACUGCAAGCUCCAGCACUCCGGCGGACCCUAUGGUGAGAACAUCUUCUGGGGAUCCGGUUCAGGCUGGAAGGCGGCGGACGCGGUGAACUUGUGGGCCGCCGAGAAGAGCGACUACGACUACGGCUCCAACAGCUGCGCGGCGGGGAAGCAGUGCGGGCACUACACACAGAUUGUGUGGCGCGCGACGACGAGCAUCGGCUGCGCUCGCGUGGUUUGCAACAACAACGCGGGCGUAUUCAUCAUCUGCAGCUACGAUCCCCCGGGCAAUUUCGUUGGACAGAAACCAUACUAACUGCGAUUUGCUCACUCGCAGUACAUAUAGACCCUCGUUCCCCACGUACACGCAUUCGAACGAUGCAAGGAUUCAUGCACGAUCCUAUUCCCUAACUAGCUAGAGGGACCGAGGGAGUAAAUAAAACGAGGGCCGGAAGCUUGAAAUGUAAUAAACGAAAUCUCUUUUAAUAAAGGAGAAAUAUUAAUAUCACAAUGAUAUCAGCAACAA